GCCAUUUGUAUCAGGUAACCUAUAAAUUUCAACCACUAUUUCCUAACCUUACCUUAUGUAUUUAUCACAAUUAUUUUGUAUGCACCUACCAUUAUUAUUACAAAGUAAUGGAAGUCGAAAGUAAUGUAAAUUUGAGUAUGAGAGAAGUUAAUUGUAAAUUAGGCAUGUUCACAAGACCGGACGGAUCUGUGUUCAUUAGCCAAGGUGAAACUGCCGUCAUUGUGGGAAUUUAUGGACCUAUUGAAGUAAAACCACAUAAGAUAUUGAUAAAUAAAGCAUCAGUUGAGACACACUAUUGCCCAAAAUCGGGAAUGCCAGGAAUUGCUGAUAAGUUGUGUGAAUCAAUAUUGCACAACGUUUGUGAGGCAGCGUUAGCUUCAGCACUUUAUCCAAGAUCCUCAAUUGUAAUUAUAAUUCAAGAAAUGCAGAAUUGUGGAGGAAUAAUUCCUUGUGCCAUAAAUGCCUGCUGUUUAGCCUUACUUAAUGCUGGUACAGAUAUGAAAUUUUUAUUUGCCAGUGCAAGUUGUGGUUUAGAUGACGAGGGAAAUUUCCAUUUGGAUCCAGACGAUUUAUUUUUGGAAACUGCAGCCGCUAGUUUUAUAUUUGUGUUUGAUAGUAUAGGUAAAGGACUAAUUGCGUCUCACACUUCCGGAUCGUUCAACUUAGCGCAAUACCAAAGUGCUCUGGAACUCUGUAAAAAAGCUGCUGAAGGAAUAUUUGAUUUUUAUAAAUCUACCAUAAAGAAAGAUUUAAAAGAUAAAAUAUAAAUGUACUUACCUUCUA